AUGAAGAACAAGGGCGGGACCAGUGAGAGGAAAAGGAAAUUCGCACGGGACGAUCGAUUGCUGGAGGGCAGCCAUCUUCAAUUGCCGGAGGACAGCCAUUUCCCGACGGAGCUGUUAGAGGAGUUGUUGGCGAGGUUGCCGGUGAAGACCUUACUCAGAUUCAGGUGUGUCUGUAACUCUUGGUGUCAGAUUAUUGAUUCCUCUCGUUUUAUUUCUGUGCAUCUUAAGGUUUUCAACAACAACAGUUCUGCAAACACUAGUGUAUUAGCCAUGGAAAAACAUUGUCGGUUUAAUCAUUUUAUAUUUCGUCAAAGUGACAUAUUUGAGAAAACUGUUGACCUUGGAUUUGCUCCAUCCAGUAAUGAGUACAAAGUACUUGUCUAUAACUUUGGUUUUGGUGUCAAGAGUUCAGAAGUGGAACUUGGAGUAUAUUCACUCAAGGAUCAACAAUGGAAGAUUAAACCUGAUCGGACAAAUGUCUUGCGUUGGUAUUCUAGUUUCAAAUAUGGAACACAACGUGUUUUCUCAAUUUUUGCUACGUCCUCUGAAAGUAGUAGUAUAUGGGUUUUGGAAAAGGAUGUUGGAGAGGAUCCUUGGAGGCUUUGGUUUUUAGGUGAUCCGGAUUUACAUGAUUGCAAACUGUCCAAACCUCUUACUACGGGAUAUCCAUUUUCAAAGGUUUUGUAUGUUCUGGAGAGCAAUGUAUUCUUUAUGCUUGCAGAUUCGGUUCACAACUUCCCAUUACCAUCUUCUUCUCCAACCUUCUUCUUCACCAUUUUUCUCUAA